AUGGCUUCGAAAAAAGAUUUUAUGGCUUCAACAAAGACCUUGAUAUAUGAACAUUCAUCGACAAUCAAGAAUCAAGGUGCUUUAAUACAAAGCCAUAGUUCAUCAUUGAGAGCGUUGGAGAAUCAAGCAGUCAAAAUUGCCAUGGCAAUAUAUUCUCGCCCGCAAGGAAGUCUCCCUAGUGAUACUGAGGUCACUAAGACUCAUGGAAAUGAGCAAUGUAGUACGCUUACACUUAGGAGUGGUACCCAAAUUAAUCUCGAUGAUAAGUUUGGGGGAAAGAAGCAAGAAAUUUCUCGCCAAGGCACUACACAGGAAGAACCAAAAGGUCAAGCAGAUGAAAUCAGGACCCCACCACCUUUGUUCAAAAAGUUUGUUGAUGUCCUUGAUAAGUUGUAUAUCAAUGUUCCACUGCUCGAAACUAUUGAUCAGAUGCUUUCCUACGCCAAACUGUUGAAGGAGUUUGUCACGAAAAAGAGAAAGGUGGAAAGACUUAAAAUAGUUGCCACGACGAAGGAAUAUUGUUCUACACUAUAUAAACUUCUGCCAAAGGAAAAACAUCCCGACACCUUUGUUAUACCAUGUUCCAUUGGUGACAAAUAUGUUGGGAGAGCCCUCUUUAAUUUGGGAUCAAAUAUAAAUUUGAUGCCCAAGUACAUAUCUUUGAAGCUUGGAAUGGGUAAUGAUCAACCAACCAAUACUGUGAGGCAGAAGAAAAUGCACAUAUUAUUCUCACGUACCUUCUUAGCCACUGGAUGCAUCCUAAUAUAUUGCAAGAAGGGAGAAUUCACGAUGAGGGUAGCUGAUCAAAGCAUCAUAAUCAAUUUCUUCAAAACUCUUAAAUAUGUUGAUGAUUCUAAAGAAUGCCAUUACAUUGAAGUCAUUGAUUCAGUUGAAGAAGAUGGAAUAGAAAAUUUUGGCAAAGGAAGAAAAAGAUCCCUAAAGAGCCUUUGGAGGAGUUUAUCAAAUCCAAGGACGCCUGAGCUUAUGAGUUUUGAUGAAAAUACCCAAGACAAGGGAUUAGAACGGGGUGCAAAAUAUGUUGUCACGGCAAGAAUGGCGGCAGUGAUCACCACUACACUCGAAACAAGUGAGUGA